GUCAUGGUCGCCCGUAAAGAGGUCCCCGCCGUCCGCUCUCUGCUCGUUCAACAACGCUCACGACGCUCCCGCCCUCCCAUCAACGCCCUAGCCUACCACACUAGAAACAGCCAGAAUGCCCGUCGCCACAACGCUAGAUAACUUCCAUGAAAUCAACUCGGCGGAGCACUUCCAGUCGCUGCUAUCGGCAGACCUGGAACGAGUAUCCCUGAUCAACUUUUGGGCACCAUGGGCGGAGCCGUGCAAGCAGAUGAACGAGGUUGUGCAGGAGCUGGCGAAGAAGUACCCGCAGGUGCUGGUGACACAGGUGGAAGCAGAGCAGCAAUCGGACAUUGCUGAGUCGUUCGAGAUCGAAGCUGUUCCUUCAUCCAUUGUCCUCAGGGGGCACACACUGCUCGCUCGUAUCUCAGGGGCGGAUGCCAAUGGCCUGACAGACGCGAUCGCAGCCCACGCACGUCCCAAGCCGUCCAUUAAGGCACUCGCCCAGACCGACGCGGCCCCCGCAGCGCCCGAGAAGGAGGAGACGCAGGAGCAGGUGAACGAGCGGCUGCGCUCGCUCAUGAACAAGGACAAGGUCGUCCUCUUCAUGAAGGGUGAUCCCGACGCACCGCGCUGCGGCUUCUCGCGGCGGAUGGUCAACCUCCUCGCGGAGCAGGAGGUCUCCUACUCGCACUUCGACAUCCUCAGCGACGACUCCGUCCGGCAGGGCCUGAAGGUGCUCAACAACUGGCCGACCUUCCCGCAGCUUAUCAUCAACGGCGAGUUCGUGGGCGGCCUGGACAUUGUCCAGGAGACGAUUGAGAACGGCGAGCUGAAGGAGCUCCUCGCCUAGUAGAUGGCAUCGCGGAUCGAUGGAGGUGUACGAUUUGACAUGAUUUCUGUAGCAUUUUCUUGUUCCUCCUCGACACUGUAGCCUUGUUAUAUAGCGGAAGGGCAGUCUUCAGACGUGAUAAGUUAUGGGUGUAACCCACCAGACAACCCGCCUUCCGAUUCACUCGUAGUAACUUAGGCCCGUUACGCUUGGGUUCGUCGAAAUCCGUAUGCCUUUGUAGUUCGGCACGAGAAGCGUUCGAUUAUGAUCACGGAAACAGAUGCCCAGCGUUAGCUACGCAGUGCAGAUGGGUUGCGUCGCAGCGAUCUUUUCGUUUCAAUAUGCAGGGGAGGGGUGAUUGUGUGCAAGCAGCAGGAGUCUCGCUGCCC